AUGCUGUCAUACGGCCCCAUCAAUGGUUCCCCGCGGUCCUUACCACUGGUUUCGAUGUGGAUGUCGUGGAGAGACGGGAAGAUUGAUGAAGUCGAACCCGUCGCGUACGAAAUCCGCGAUCGUAACCUAGGCCUAUUGAGCAUGCGGCACAAGUUUAUGACCACGUCGCAUGAGAUGACACAGUUCGACGCCGACAAGUAUAUUUAUAACGAGCUCAUCGGCAUUGUGGCACAGUACCUCCCCAACGAGCUCAUGCUGCGCUACCGGGACUUUGACGGGGCGAAGGCGUACGAGGCUGCUGAACACUAUGUGGAACACAUGCGUCACAGUGCUGCGAAGAAUGCGUACGCAUGGAGCCGCGAUUGA